AAAAAAAAAAAAAAAAAAAAAAAGGACAUAUAUUUCAGCUUUUUACCCUUGCUUUUGCUUUUCCUUUUCCUUUUUCCUUUUUUUUAUUAUUAUUCACGAAUAAUGCUUCGCAACAUUUUAGCACCUUCUACCUUAAAGAUAAGAAGCUUUCACACUUUAACUAGAAGUGUAACAAGAACAAGCUCAGUUCGUUUGCCUCUAACUUGUAAACAAGUCAUUCGCCCUCGAAUUGUCAAUGAUCUAAAGAUCUCUCCUUAUGCUUUUCUUCAUACUAAGUCACCCGCACUUGGUGCUUCUGUUGCUGAACUUGUGGAGGAAACAGUUUAUGAUGACAGUAUAACUAAAAUUGAACCUGUUUCUGAACAAAAGAAAAAAUUCAGUGAUAUUGAAUUUAUUCAACAAAAUACCCGAAAUGCAAUUAAAAGGAUCUUUAAAUAUGAAGAAAUGUCAGUUGUACAAGAAGCUGUUCUUUCCAAAUUACCUAAUAAGAAUGAUAUGUUUGUUAAAGCAAAAACGGGUACAGGUAAAACAUUGGCUUUUUUGAUAGCUGCAAUUGAAACAGCCGUUGCAGGCCAAACACCAAAGGAUCUUAGAUUCUUUAAUGGAACCUCUAUUAUGAUUAUUUCACCUACUCGUGAACUUGCAAAUCAAAUUACAGAAGAAGCUGAAAAGUUGUUAAGAUUCUAUCCCUUUAGAGUUCAUUGUCUUGUAGGAGGUGAUUCUAAAAGAAGACAAAUGAUGAAACUUGAACGUGAACGUUGCGAUGUCGUAGUCGCAACACCAGGUCGUCUUCAAGAUAUGCUUUCUUCUGUACCCUCAUUCAAUAAAAUGUGUGAAAACCUUAAAGUGCUUAUUUUGGAUGAAGCAGACCAGUUAUUAGAUAUGGGUUUUAAAGCUGAAUUGCAACGUAUUCUAAAUCAAAUCCCUUCAGAACGUCAAACAAUGCUCUUUUCAGCUACUAUAUCUCGGGAAAUUCGUGAUAAUUUGGGUAAAUUUGCUCUUUCGCCCAACUACGAUUUGAUUGAUACCGUAGGUAAAGAUGACGUUAACACACAUGAACAUGUCAAACAGUCAGCAAUUGUGGCUCCUUAUCAACAACAAUUUGCUCUUAUCCGUGACUAUCUCGAAAAUUAUGAAGCUGCAAAGAAGGGUAAGGUCAUUGUCUUCUUACCUACGACCAAAUCAACCAUAGUCUACAGUAGUAUCUUUAAACAAUUAUUACCUAAUCGUAUGAUCUAUGAAAUACAUUCAAAGAAGGAUCAAAAUCAACGUUCUCGUAUCGCUGAACGUUUUAGAAGAUCUCAUGAUAGUAGUAUUUUGUUUACAUCAGAUAUCUCUGCUCGUGGUGUCGAUUACCCUGGUGUCUCCCUUGUAGUCCAGAUAGGUGUACCCUCUAGUCGUGAACAAUAUAUCCAUCGUCUUGGACGUACAGGUCGUGCUGGCCGUGAAGGUGAAGGUAUUAUUAUGUUGGCUCCCUUCGAAGAAGUGUUUUUAAAGAAUGAAAUUUCUGAUUUCCCUAUCCAAAGGCUGGACGUCUCUGAUUCCCUUACCGAAGAAAAAAUAGAAGACACUAAUCAAUCAGUUUCACGAGCUAUCCGCUCAUUGGAUGAAGAUUUAGUUCGGGAACUAUACACAGCUUAUUUAGGCUAUUAUAGUGGAAGGAUAGGCACAUUAGGUUUACGUCGUUCUAAGGUUGUGCCAGAGGCUAAUAAUCUCUUUACUUCUCUUGGUAUUCAAGAGACUCCUCAUUUGAGUAAUAAGUUCCUUGCUCAACUCGGCUUGCUUGAUAAUGGUAAAAGUAACGAAAGAUCGUAUGAUAGAAACCGCUUUGAUAGAAAUCGUUAUGACAGAAAUAAUCGCUUUGAUAGAAAUGAUCGUUUUAAUAGAAAUGAUCGUUUUGAUAGAAACGAUCGUUUUGAAAGAAAUAAUCGCUUUGACAAGGAUAGCUUUGACAAAAGCCGUGGUGAUAGAGACCGUUCUGAUGGCUUCCAAAAUAAAUACCAAUUCAGUAAUGAUCGAAGAGCAAAAUCUUUCGAACGCGGUGACAAUGACAGAAGGAGAUCAUAUCGCGAUGAUAAAGAUAGUUUCCCAAGAAAGCGCACAUAUGAUCGACGGGAUAAAAUUAGCUCUAGAAAUCCAUUCUUUAAAAGAAAUGAAUAAGCAAGCAAUUUAUUAUUGAAAACAAGAUUUAUCUAUUAUAUAUACUCAAUUGUGUUUUAUUUAUAAUUUAGCAUUUUAUUAUUUUUUUUUUUUUUUUU